AUGGUACCUAAAGAUAAGAUUGUUACCUCUUACGGAUUUAAGGAGAAUCUUAUUGAUCAAUGCAUAUAUUUGAAGGUCAGUGGCAGUAAGUAUAUCUUUCUUAUUCUUUAUGUUGAUGAUAUAUUACUCGUCAUAAAUGACAUUAAGCUUCUGUUUGAGACAAAACGCAUGUUGUCAUCUCAUUUUGAUACCAAGGAUAUUGGUGAGGCCUCUUACGUUUUGGGCAUCCAGAUUUUUCGCGAGAGAUCUAGAGGCGUUUUUGGAUUGUCUCAGAAAACCUACAUUGAUCAAAAUUUUAUCUUGGAGCUAGGUGUUGUGAACACCAUUUUGAGACUGCUGAAGAUAUUUUGUGCCAAUUCUGCAGCAGUUGCUUUCUCUCGAAACACUAGGAGCUCUUCUCGCUCCAAGCAUAUUGAUAUUAAUAAGAAAGUGAUCAACCGGGUUCAGUCCCAGCUAAAGAUACUGAAGAAUAAGAGGAAUUCGAUUGUGAGGCAAUUACGUGACGACAUGGCUCAACUAAUUAAAAGUGGUGAUGAACAUAUUGCUCUUAGUCGGUUAACUACAGAUUUAUAA